UUGGUAUGAGCUGUGCUGUGUUGUCACCAGCUGUGCGCAAGAAAGACGAAUAAAGUGGCUGGGGAGUUGACUGUCUAGCGUGAAUUUCGGGAUGCGUGCUAAAGGAUACAUAUUACAUUGAGUAAGGAAUCAACAUGCUUUUUGAAUGAAUGACAAAUCGAAUCGAUAUAGCGGUCUGAACUAGUGAUGCCAAAUACCUAACUAAAGGCGAUAGCGAAUAAGAGGAAACGUGAGAACAGAGUGAAGAUUAAAGUCGGAUUGAAGCCAUUUUCUGCUGCACAACUCGUCUGGCAUUAAUUGCUAAACGAUAUCAACCCCACCGCCUCCUUUCUGUCCAGUUUCUCAGCGAGGGAGGGGCAUGCACCUGGGUGUGUCGGCAUCAUGAACGUGGGCACGGCGCACAGCGAGGUGAACCCCAACACGCGGGUGAUGAACAGUAGGGGUAUCUGGCUCUCCUACCUCCUGGGCAUCGGCCUGCUGCAUGUCAUCCUGCUCAGCAUCCCUUUUGCCAGCGUGCCUGUGGUCUGGACCCUCACCAACCUCAUCCACAACCUGUGUAUGUACCUGCUGUUACAUUUGGUGAAAGGAACCCCGUUUGAGACUCCGGACCAGAGCAAGGCUCGCUUCUACACAUACUGGGAGCAGAUGGACUACGGCGUCCAGUUCACUGCCUCGCGCAAGUUUCUCACCAUCACCCCCAUCAUCCUCUACAUCCUCACUAGCUUCUACACCAAAUAUGACCGGGCACAUUUUGUGGUAAACACGGUCUCCUUGAUGACCGUUCUCAUUCCCAAGCUCCCGCAGCUUCACGGAGUCCGGAUCUUCGGGAUUAACAAGUACUGACAGGACGGACGGAGAUGCCGCCGCCGUUCCUCCAUCUCUAUACGGACUGGAAACACAGAGCAUUGGGUUCUCAGCAUUGGCGCCCAGCCCAUAGGGAUCUAUGGCUCCUCUGGCUCACAGUUUUAUUGAGAACUCCGCUAAAUACAGCCUACCAACAAAGGAACCGGAGCAUAAUUGACGUACCUCACAAGGCUCGGCUGGGUCCGAGAUUUGAUGUGCCACUAUUGAAGCUGUGCUGUGGUAGUUUCAUUGGUAGUUCGCUUUGUCAGCAUUGUAAGCCAAAUACACAGGGAACACUGCGAGCGAAGCCAUUUUGGAAAUAUGACGUUUUAAGAUGAGUGACAAUGGGACGAUGAGAAACCUCUGAACGGUUUGGUCCUGGUUGUGGCUCGUUUAUAAGAAAAGUAAUGUCACUUUGUGAUGCCCAAUGCCCUCUUGAACCCUAACUUUGUUUAGCAUGUUGUCCUCACAAGGCUAAUUGUCUUCUCAGCUAGAUGCAUGGAGCGUUAGAAUUAGAGAUGCUCGAAGUGUCUCAGUGGUUAGACAGGAGGUACUGCAGAGUUUAUAUUUAGGCCCCUGAAUUGUCGUACUUUUUAAGUUUGGAAAGUUAAAGGAACACAUAUUUUAUCUGACCAUUUCAAUGUUUGGAUCGCCGUGUUCAAAUUUCAGCCAGAGUAAACUUCUCUUCCCACUGCAGUCUGUAAUCUAGUGCAGACUCGGUGGAGACUUGUUCAGUCCCACCCAGCUCAUUCCAGAGAUGUGAAUCUAUUGUAUUUACAUUUCAUUUGGGCCCCUUGGGGAAAAAGAAUCAAAGGUGGUUAGGUGAUUCAUGUUCUUUGAAACAUUUGUGCAAACCUAUUGCACACUCCUAUUGGCAUACAGUACACUUCAUACUAAUGUUCAAAAAUGAUUUAUGUUAGUGGAUGGGCAUGGGCUUUAAGACUUCCUUCAAACUGCACACAGAGACAUAUAAAUGGUAUCCAUGAGUUAUUCUGACUCUGGUUAAGUAGAAAGUUACAUUUGCAAAAUGUUAAAAUAUCUCCUGGGUCGGUACAAAGCCCUUAGUUGCAUUAUGAAUAUUUAUUUGAGUUCUGAUGUUUGAGAAGUUACCAGACCAUCAAGCCACACACUGUGUACGCGUCUGCAGAUUCACAACUGUGGCCAAAAAGGAGCCUUUUUAUAAAGGGGAAACUGAAAGUGAGAAGAACUACUGGUCUACAUUGUGUUUACAACACAUAGAAAGAAGCAGGUGGAAAUUCAGAUAGAUAUUUAUUUGAAACUAAUUUCCAUAAUAUUUCACUUUACAGAAUAACCCUGUCAGUAUUUGUGGCUGUGAACAGUGGAAAAUAUCUUGCAGUAUUAUAUUUUCAUGGAUGAAAAAUCCUCAAUCGACCUGAAUGACUUCAGUAGAUUUCACUCAAUGACAAAGAGAAGAUUAUUGACAGUCUUUCAGGCAAGAAAUAUAAUAGUUAAAUCUAGGGAUGGUGGAAAGGUGUUCAAUUCACAGCUUUUGUAGAGACUUUAUAGCAAAAAACAAAACGUGAAAUGGUGUUUAAAUCUUUUAGUGUGUGUAGGUCCACCUAUUGGUUAGCAUAGUGGAGUGUCUUUUAUGAUGUGUGAUGUGUAGCACUGUGAAGUUUGUGUGAUCUGACCAGUACAGAGUACAGAAUCGAAUUUCAUUGCAUAACAGCAUGACAGCAGUCUUUUGAAAUUGCCGUUCCUUGCUUCACAGUGGUUAGGCUACACAUCUAAACCACAGGCUCAUGCACAAUAAGGGAUUUUUUUUUUAGCACUUAAUUUAAGUAAAUCAUAUAACCAUAUGGGUUAUCAUUUUGGUAUAUUUUGAUGAGAGACUGCCUGAAUGGAAAAACGUCACUUUUCCAGCAGCAACAAAAGUGCAGGCAAACCUUGUUUUCUUGUACAUGAAUACCUGUAUGUGAUCAUCGUUGACACAGAAAGGCCUUGACCUUGUUUACGAACCUCUAUUUAAUGGGGUUGCAACAACAAAGAAUACUGUGCUUAUCUUUGGUAUUUGGUUUUAGUGAAUGAAAGCUGUAACUUCAAGAGGUACGCCAAUAUUGUUCAAAUACAUACUUUACACCUGAGAAAAAACUAUUGCUGACAAAUUCACAGUUACUGGCAGUAUUAGAAUAACCUGUCUUGACAUAUUGUAUAAAAAAUGGUGUACUGCUUAUACUUCUAGUAUCUUUGAAAUACUCUGCUCACACUUUAAGACAUUUGGGUUACACUUUAUUUUGAGGGGUUCAUAUUUCCAUCUGUAAAUGUUUAAUAGAUAAUAGAACAAACUUUCAACAAGCCAUCUGUUGAUGAGCAACUCCUUACUACCGUUAGGGUUAGGUUUCAGUAAGAUUUAGGGUAAGAAUAUGGUUAGGUAAGGUUAGGGUUAGUUACAGUGUUACUGACAGUCUGCAGAUGAUAUGUAGAGCAUCUACAGAAACACUUGUUGGACUCUGAAAAUGAAGAGAAUGAUGUCCAAUUCAAGCAUGCUUGUAAGUUUGCAGCAACUAGGAAGUGAGCAUCAACAUCCACUCGCAGGGUGAUACAGCAUUAUAGCUGGCGGCAAAACUAUGAAUACUGGCCUGUGCUGUAUCCUUGAUUAGUCGUGCAACCCUCGAUAGUAAUCCAUGGGUACUGCAACCUGAAUCCAAUUAGAACACAAAACCGGUAGCUUGUUAAACAUUGAUUAAGGGGAGAGUGAUAGCGGUGAAAGUGAGUCCUCGGGUGCUGCCGCGGACUAGACUUACCGUCGGCCCAUUUGCAGUUGGACUUUUGGGAUUGUCCCCCCUCGCCACCCGGUCUGGGGCCUGCACGCAGCAGCUCUACUGGGUGGUUGGGCUCCAUUGAUUAAUAAAUGGCAACUUCACACCCAAAUGUUUUAAAUGAUUCCCUAAUUCAAUAACUCAAAGAAUGAGAGACCAAAUGCAUUUACUAAUUCAAAGCAAGGUGGCUACAUAUGCGUAUCUACAACCAUUAAUCAGGGGAAAUCUGCAGGAUGUACACAGCAUUGCAAUUAUUAGUCAUAUUUGGCAUGUUUUUGCGGAAACGUGACUGGCCAUGACAUUAAUGCUUAGUUUACUUCAUUACUUAACGCUUGAAAUGAAAAAUAGAUAACUUAUCAUGCUACAUGCUACGGUGAUAAAACAGGCUAUCUAUUUAGUGUACCUGAUGCUUAUGACAACCCACAGCGCAUCUUGCGGGGUAAUGGCGCCCUGGAAGGGGUUUAAUAGACAAUCGGCAGAUGCACAAAAUUAAACCACGACUUGAAUGUCCACACUCCAUUGCUAUUUAUUUCAGAUCUCGGUUCAGAUUCCACUUUAACCAAAUGCUUUUUUGCUGCUGUUUGUGAAAAUAGGCUGGUGAUAUGAUACUUGUUUUCAGUGGCGUUCCGGUACUUCUAAUUUUAGGCAAACAGCGUUCCGGUUCCUUUUUUAGGCAAAAGAGCCGCCUGGGACGUCCGGGAUAGGCUACUUAAACGGACCAAGACCUAUUAACGCAUACAUUAUGAUGAACAUAAUCUAAUGUGCGAUUUGUCAGUUCCUGUACUUACUUUAUCCCAAGUAAAGCGCAGCUUGUUUCAUGAAAGGGACAGAACGUAACGGUUAAACAAUCUAGAACUGCUGCCUGUAGUUAAAAUCAUAGACUACAGAUCUAAUUAGUUAAUUCACAUCUAAAACAAUGCAUCUCGCGCGACCUCAAUCACUGAUGGAACCAAGCAGAAUUAGAUUGCAUGAAUGUCUGCUCUCUGUAGAUUUUUUUCUGCACUGAUCAACCUCAUUACCACUAGAUAGGAAUCUGGGCAGCUAAUCCGUUUAAGUAGAAGUGCAGGUAUAUGUUCUGACCGGUUCUUACAUGGAGACUGGUAUUGUAGAUCUGCCAACAUGUCAGUCUGGGUACCUCUAGCUCAUGUAUACUCAAGCAGCCGCGUAGGUUGGUAUGGUAUAUUGCGGGUCGGGGUCAAUGAUCCCUGUAUUUUCACCCUUUUCCAGGGGGACCUGUCUAUAUUACUUUGGGGUGGGGGGGGGGGGGGUCUUGACCACCCCGCCCCCACUAAUUCUACACCCUGUACUUAAGGUCCAUAUGUAGGUAAGUCAAGGUCUAUAUGUUGCUGAGUUACAAUUCUACAGAAUCCAUGUGUAUGACGCCAUAUAUAUACGUUUGUGGCAUUGUAUUUGUUAUUCAAUGUAAAUACAAAUUUCGAGACAAUUGUAAUUCAGAAGCCGAUAAACCUCUCAAUAAAUGUCUGUCAUUAUUAUUGCAUGAAUAGCGCACGUGUUUAGCCUCUAGCUCUACAGUGAUGUUCUCUCGUAAAAUACUUAUCUCCAGCAGAGGGCAGCAGAUGUUUGUCACAGAUCCUAAUCUGAAUAGACAUUUUCCUCCUAUAAAUAGGAAUUGCCUCAUGCUAGAUGUUAUUGACCCCUUUUUUCAUUUUGAACAUUUCCAGGGGUUUUGUUAUGACUUGUCAGCUCACCAUGACCUUGAAUUUUUAACUGAUGCAAUAAAGAUUUUCAUUAAGAUUCA